AUGAAGAAUGGCCGCAUUCACGCUAAUCAACUCACAGCAGCAUCAAUAUGGGACCGAAAUCAUGGAGCAAAUAAUGCCAGGCUUCAUUGGCGAAGAACCGGUGCAAGAACAGGCGCUUGGUCAGCUCGUCACAAUAAUCAUUACCAGUGGCUACAAGUGGAUUUCAAACGCUACAUGCGUAUUGUAAAGAUUGCCACCCAAGGAAGACAAGAUGCACGUCAGUGGGUGACGAAGUACUACGUCAGAUACAGUCAAGACUGCGCGCAUUUUGCCGACUAUGAGAAGAACAGCAAUAGAAAGUAUUUCACGGGAAAUAGAGACCAAAAUACUGUGGUAAUACACAGAUUUUAUCCACCAAUCAAAGCGCGGUUCGUUCAGGUUCGUCCGUGGGGAUGGUAUGGACAUAUCUCUAUGAGAGUGGAGUUCUAUGGAUGUGUUGAAGACCGCUGUAACAUACCUCUGGGUCUAGAAGACAAACGUCUCAGUCCAGGGUCUUUGUCAGCGUCUACUUACUACAAUCAUCACCUGUCACCAUGGCAUGGCCGACUGAACCACAGAUGGUCAUGGAGUUCUCGGCGCAGAGAUGUUCACCAAUGGUUCAAGGUUAACUUUGGUUACGUAACAAGAUUUAAAGGAAUAGCGACCCAAGGAAGGCAGGAUGCAAAUCAGUGGGUAAAGACCUACAUUGUCAGAUACAGUGGUGAUGGUGUUAGUUAUGUGCCUUACGCGGAAAACAGGCGCAUUAAGGUCUUCUCUGGUAAUAGUGACAGACAUUCCAUUGUGUUUCAUCGUUUCCUGAAAUCUUUCACUGCUGCUUUCGUGAAGAUCCAUCCAAAAUCUUGGUACAGCUGGAUUUCAAUGAGAGUUGAACUCUUUGGUUGCACAAGUGCACUCUGUAGCACUCCGCUAGGUUUACAGAAUGGUCGUAUUCGUAACAGUAGAAUCACUGCAUCGUCCGAGUACAAUGUGUACCAUGCAGCCAGACUUGGGAGACUGCAUCUGCAUAAGAGAGGUAGAUAUGUGGGGGCCUGGUGCGCAAAGCACAAAAACAGAAAUCAGUGGUUUAAGGUGAACUUUGGACGGCUGAUGAAGAUCACAAAAAUAGCUACUCAGGGUAGACAGGAUGCAGCCCAGUGGGUGACGUACUAUAGAGUGUCAUCCAGCGUCGAUGGAAUACACUGGCAAAUGUAUCGCUUCAAAAACAACGAUAUGACUUUCCGUGGUAAUAAUGAUCAAAACAGCGUCAAAAUACAAGCUUUGACUCCCGCCAUAUAUGCACGAAUCAUUAAGAUUCACCCGUGGGGAUGGCGAAGUCACAUCUCGAUGAGGGUGGAAAUCUAUGGAUGUAAAGCUGACCCCUGCGAUGUUCCUCUCGGUCUUCAAGAUGGCCGUGUUACUCCAUCUAUGCUUACGGCAUCCUCCAUGUAUAACCACUACUACGGUCCCUGGAGUGCCAGGCUCCAGGCCAGGAAUUACGGUUCCACCCGAGGAGGCUGGAUUGCGAAGUACAAUAACAAUAAGCAAUGGUUACAGAUUGACCUGGGUACGAAGUGUCGAGUGAAGAGGGUUGCUACUCAGGGCCGAUAUGAUGCUAACCAGUUUGUGAAGUCCUAUACGGUGUCUUACAGCCUGAAGGGUGACAAGUUCGUGCCUUAUACAGAGGGGCGAAAGAUAAGGAUCUUCCAGGCCAAUAUUGAGAGAUAUUUUGUCGUAACCCAUCGCUUCUUUAGGCCAUUUGUGGCUCGAUUCGUGCGAAUCAAUGUCAGGAGUUGGUAUGGAUACAUCUCUAUGAGAGUUGAACUUUACGGCUGUAGAUUAGGCCGAAUGUGUAACCAACCAAUGGGCUUACAAAACGGACGCCUCAGAAACCACCUAAUGACAGCGUCUUCUCAGUGGGAUAAAUACCACGCUGCUUUCCUGGCGAGACUUCAUCGCCGGCGGGCUGGGAAGUACAUGGGUGCAUGGAGUGCCAGGAGUAACAACAGAUACCAGUAUCUACAAAUUGAUUUCACAAGGCCGUCCAAGAUCAUCAAGAUAGCUACUCAAGGAAGGCACGAUGCUGAUCAAUGGGUCACGCAGUAUUAUAUUACGUACAGUGUGAAUCUGGUCAAUUUUGUGGAAUACAAGGAGAGAAACAAUAGGAAGUACUUCACCGGAAAUCGAGACCGUAACAGUGUGGUCCACAACCCACUUAAUCCUGCGAUUCGAUGUCGUUACAUCCGGGUUCAUCCUUGGGGAUGGUACAGACACAUCUCCAUGAGAGCUGAGUUCUAUGGAUGUUUCACAGACCGUUGCACCAUGCCUCUCGGUAUGGAGGAUCGCCGUAUCUUGUCAGGACAUCUUCGUGCUUCAUCAUCAUACAACUACAACCACGGCCCCGAUCGAUCACGUCUCAACAUCUACGCCAGUCACAGCCGCACAGGGGCCUGGGUAGCCAAGUAUAGAAACACCAAGCAAUGGCUUCAGAUUGACUUGAGGCAGAUGUGUAUCAUCAAAGGAAUCGCCACACAGGGAAGGAGAGAAGCUCAUCAGUGGGUGUCCAGUUAUGUUGUCUCAUACAGCAAAGAUGGCCGAAGGUUUAGAGCUUAUGCAGUUGGUGGAAGAGUAAAGAGAUUCCGUGGAAACUAUGAUAUUUACCAUACUGUUGCCCAGAGAGUAUCACCUUUCAUUAGAGCCCGGUAUAUAAGGAUUCAUCCCAAGACUUGGAGGUCAUAUAUUGCCAUGAGAGUGGAGUUGUAUGGGUGCCGAUAUAAAGAAUAUGUAUGCGACAGACCUCUAGGUAUGCAAAGUGGCCGAAUCAAAAAUGCAGCCAUCACAGCCUCAUCUCAGUGGGACAAAAAUCAUGCUUCUUGGCUUGCCAGACUUGGGAACAUGCGCCGUGGCAGACUGAUGGGUGCCUGGUCUGCUAAGAAGAACAACUACAAUCAGUGGAUUCAAGUUGAUCUGCACAGGUCCAUGAAGGUCACUGGUUUGGCUACACAAGGCAGAUAUGAAGCUGCACAAUGGGUGACAGCGUUUUACGUUCUCUACAGCGCGGACGGAGUGAAGUUUGCUAAGGUUAAGAAUUGGUGGGAUGUGGUGAAGACUUUCCCUGCCAAUGUGGACAGAUAUUCCAUACGCAACAAUCCUCUGCCGUACCCCAUCUAUGGACGUUUUGUUCGACUGCAAAUGCGCGGCUGGCGAUCACACAUUUCAAUGAGGCUUGAGUUGUACGGUUGUCCAUGGAACCGUUGUGAUGUACCACUCGGCGUUGAAGAUGGUCGCUUCCCCGACCAGCUCAUCACUGCUUCCUCAUUUUACAACUACUACUGUGCACCAAGAAACGCCAGGCUCCACCAGAGACGAGUCGGAAGAUUUGGAGGAGCUUGGUGCGCAAAAAGAAGCGAUAGACGACAGUUCCUUCAGUUCGACUUUGGAGGACUUACUCGAGUAACCCGUGUUUCUACCCAAGGUCGUCAAAAUUCAGAUCAAUGGGUCACAAGUUACUAUAUAACUUUUGGCCGAGAUGGUCAACAUUAUACACCUUAUAGAGAAGGACGCCGUACUAAGAUAUUCGCUGGCAAUUAUGACCGAUACAUGGUUGUCACCAAUCGAUUCCUGAGGCCACUGUCUGGAAGGUACUUUAGGAUUCAUCCAGUUACUUGGCGAAGCUGGAUUUCAAUGAGAGUGGAAUUUUAUGGCUGUAUUAUUGGUCCAAGAUGCGACAAACCACUCGGUAUGCAAAAUGGCCGCAUUCGGCAAACCCAACUAUCAGCCUCUUCGAGCUGGGAUGUUAAUCAUGGUCCUCGCAAUGCCCGACUAAACUUCCGCCGAACAGGUUCCCGUAUGGGAGCCUGGUGUGCCAGGCACAACACCCGCUACCAGUGGCUUGCGGUAGACUUUUAUCGAGCCAUGCGCGUGGCGAAGAUAUCUACGCAAGGUAGACAGGAUGCCGCACAGUGGGUCACGCAAUACUUUGUAGAGUACAGCCAAGAUGGUUCCACGUUCACUGACUACAAGGAAAAUAGCAACCGAAAGUACUUUACAGGAAACAGGGAUCAAAACAGUGUUGUGCAAUAUAGUCUGUUUCCACCAAUCAAAGCUCGGUUUGUGCGCAUUCGUCCGUGGGGCUGGUACAGACAUAUUUCUAUGAGAGUGGAGUUCUUUGGAUGCCCAGAAGACCCGUGUGGUGUUCCUCUUGGUUUGGAAGACAAGAGAAUCCCAAAUGGCCAGUUUUCUGCUUCAUCAUAUUACAACCAUCACCUUGCACCGUGGCAUGGAAAACUUAAUCACCGCUGGUCAUGGAGUGUUCGAUAUCGUAACAACAAACAGUGGCUUCAGGUUAAUAUGGUGGAAAUCUACCGUGUGAGAGGCAUUGGAUCCCAAGGCCGACAGGAUGCAAACCAAUGGGUGAAGACUUACACUGUGUCGUAUGGAAUGAAUGGAGUGGAUUUCACUCAGUAUAAGGAGAAUAGAAGAGUGAAGUUAUUCACAGCCAACACAGACCGCCACUCAUUGGUGUAUCAUCGAUUCAGAAAGAGACUCCCAGCUGUGUAUGUCAGGGUUUACCCUAAGACCUGGUACAGUUGGAUAUCAAUGAGAAUCGAAUUGUAUGGAUGUUCAGCUGCUGUUUGUAACAAAGCCUUGGGUAUGAAGAGUGGUGCUAUCAGGAAUAAGCAAAUCACAGCUUCUUCAGAGUGGGACAAAUACCACAAUGCCAGACUGUCUAGGCUGGGGACAGUCAAACGGGGUCGGUACAGGGGGGCCUGGAGCGCACGCCACAACAAUCACCAUCAGUGGCUUAAAGUGGACUUUAGACGACCGAUGAAAAUCAAGAAAAUAGUCACAAAAGGUCGACAGGAUACCAACCAAUGGGUAACAAGAUACCAAGUGACGUACAGUCAAGAUGGAACACACUGGACCAUGUACAGAUACAAGAGUAACGAUGUGUACUUCCAAGGAAACCGAGACCAACACAGUCUCGUAUGUAAUGUACUUAACCCACCAGUGAUCGCUCGUUUUAUGCGCAUCAUUCCACGAGGAUGGUAUCGGCACAUCAGUAUGAGGAUAGAGUUCUAUGGAUGCAAAGCAGACAAGUGCGAAGCGCCGCUCGGAAUCCAAGAUGGCCGCAUAACGCAAUCUAUGAUGUCUGCGUCCACGUUCUACAACCGAUAUUAUGGUCCAUGGUCUGCCAGACUGCAGGCUCGGAAUCACGGUGCAACCCGUGGCGGCUGGAUAGCUAGGAUUAACAACAAUCGACAAUGGCUGCAGAUCGACCUCGGAGCCAAAUCUGUCGUUAAGAAGAUUGCCACUCAAGGCAGAUACGAUGCUAAUCAAUGGGUUACUAGUUACACGCUUUCGAUCAGUAACAAUGCUGUCAGGUUUUAUCCUUACAAGGAAAAUAGGCGCACUAGGAUCUUCCCGGCCAAUCAAGAGAGAUACUUCGUCGUCACACAUCGUCUGUUCAGACCGUUUGCGGCUCGUUUUGUUCGUAUCAAUGUCAGAAGUUGGUAUGGACACAUCUCCAUGCGGGUUGAACUUUACGGAUGUGUGCUUGGACGUCGUUGUAACCGACCGAUGGGUCUCCAGACAGGCGCAAUCAAAAACAGUAUGGUAACUGCCUCGUCUCAGUGGGAUAAUUACCAUGCUGCCUUCAUGGGAAGACUUCACUGGGGUCGCCGCGGACGAUACAUGGGGGCCUGGUCAGCAAAACACAAUAAUCGUUACCAGUACCUGCAGGUGGACUUUGGAAGGGCGGCAAAAAUAAUCAGAAUAGCUACCCAAGGACGACAAGACGCUGAUCAGUGGGUUACACAGUAUUAUGUGAUGCACAGCUUGGACUUACUUCGAUUCAGCGAAUACAAAGAGCGCAACAGCAGAAGAGUGAGUGAAGAGUUAUGA